GGCACGUGUGCCAGAAAGUCGCCGUCCUCCGGGGCCCUUCCGGCAGGAAAUCCCCGAGUCCGGGAGGGCGGGGGUGCCGGCCCUCUAGGUCGCCAUGGCUACCGAGCCUGUAGCUGCGGAGUCCGCGGUGCCGUCGCUCGUGGAUCGCUACUUUACUCGCUGGUACAAAGCGGAUGUCAAAGGAAAACCCUGUGAGGACCACUGUAUACUACAGCAUUCUAACCGAAUAUGUGUCAUCACACUCGCAGGAUCUCAUCCAGUUCUUCAAAGUGGAAAAACAAUCAAAAGCAUUUCCUAUCAAAUCAGUACCAACUGUAGCAGACUUCAGAACAAGGUUUCUGGGAAGUUUAAGCGGGGGGCACAGUUUCUAACAGAACUGGCACCUCUGUGUAAGAUUUAUUGCUCAGAUGGAGAAGAAUAUACCAUAUCCAGCUGUGUUAGAGGUCGGCUGAUGGAAGUGAAUGAAAACAUCCUCCAUGAGCCAUCUAUCCUUCAAGAGAAGCCAUCCACUGAAGGCUACAUUGCAGUUGUGCUGCCCAAAUUUGAAGAAAGUAAAAGCAUCACAGAAGGGUUACUGACCCAAGAACAGUAUGAAGAAGUGCUGGUGAAACGCAUUAAUGCCACAACAGCCACAUCGUGAGGACCAACAUGGAGCAAAAUGACAUGGGACUCUCACUCCUGCCUGGCCCACGGGAUCAGUGUGCUAAGGAACAAGCCCCCAGGAGGCAUAUUUCACACCAGCCAUCCGCAGGCGGCCUGAGCCUUCACUUAACCUACUUUUCUUUGUUUACCUGUGUAACAAGUCUUGGUUCCCUUUUGUCUUCAGCUUCCUAGAUCUGCCCUGCCCAUGUACUCAUUCUCUUCAUUUGCUGCUCUGUAACU